AUGAAAAAAUGUAUAUUAAUUAAAGCCUAAAAAAUAAGAAGGCAAAAAAUACAAGCAAUGUUAUUUAUUCUCCGUCAUCGCUAGUCAUCACAAAAAUAUAACACCACUCCUUAUGUCACAAUGCAUUCUUAGUGGGACUUGAUCAUGUAAGUUAUAAUUUCGGCUUGAAUUUUACCUUGCCUUAGUUUAAAAUGACAUAAUUUGGAUCUUAUUUCAGUAUUUUUGGAAUCUACGAAAUGAAUGGCAAUUUACCCUUUUCGAUCAAGCAGCCAGCAGAAUUCGACUUCAGAUCGACAUGGAAAUGAAGAAAGUCCAUGGUCAAUCCGAAGCAGUGAUUAUAAAAUGUAAGUUUUGGUCAUACUCCCGGACAUUUCCGACCGUCCAUAUCUCAAUUGAAUCUAACUCAAUUGCUUUGAAGCUUGGCAUGUGCGCUAGUCAUGACAAGCAGAAUCUGCCACUUAAAAAUGUUUUUUAUAUCUCUGUCCUUAGGCGAGUUAUGCAAGUUUUCCAAAUAUAGGUGGACUAAAAUUUCUGAUCACCCAAAAUAACUAGGGUUUUCCUUCAGUAGGCGACAUGGUUCAGUUAUCUUAAAACAACCUUUAGGACCUACAAAGACGAUGAGUAUACUUUUUAACACCAGGCCUAUUCCCUCAAGCAUAUCGUAUCAUUGCAGCGCUUUUUUUUGUGGUAGAAUCAUGCUUGAACCGACAACGCGAUCUUUUUGUUUUCGAACAAACGUUAAAGGACUCAUUGGAGUGAGCGACACAAGAUAUUACAACCGCUCGAUAUGCAGUACGCCAUUAAUGCCUUAAAAAAUCGCUUGGGAAUAGCCGAUCUCUGAAUAAUUGAUCAUAACCGCAGGCGUUUUAAUUAGAUCUGGCUGAAAAUUCUCUAUAAUUCUCUUUGAUACAUAUUGAAGAACGUAGGAAAACGGGUUCCACCAAUUUUUUCUUUAUUUUCUAAUUACAAAAUUGUUAGAAAUUUGCCAAACGAUCCUCGAGUUUUGGUUUUGGUAUACUUUACCUGGAAAUUGCAAGAGCCCGGGUCAAGACUAACAUAAAUUUAGUCUAUAUUGUGUAGGGCUAAACAAUGUUUAAUUUCGGCCAGUUCGGACAACUUUUGAAAAAGUUACAAGCCGCUAAAGCCGGCUGGUCAAUUUGGCACUGAUUUGCGCAUGCUUGACGAUGAUUCGUCCGACUUGGUACCUCGCCUAGAAUAAAACAUGCUUUUUAUACACUUGGUACUUCCAUGACUUCACUUUUUUCCAAUUUUUUCAUCGAAUUUGACAACUUUGUUUUAGCCGAAAAAUCCAAAAAUUUUCUUACAAUAGUCCGAGAAACUCAAUUGAAAAUCAUUGCAAAAAUUUUCUAAGUUUCACCGAUUUCGGGUCCCAAACUUUGGAAAGAAAAUGUCAAAGGUCGGUACGGGGGCCUCCUUGAAGUUAGACGGGCCAUAUUUGGAGGACAAGAAAUGGAGUGUCUCAGCUUCAAUUUGGUAUAAAUUUUAUAGAAAUUGGUGCAUUAUUGGCGGAGAAAUUCUUGAAAUAAGGGCGGAAGCUUCGGCUGAACCACCCUGUAGUUUACUAACAAAGCCGUGUAAUGCGCGGAAUUGACAACCCUUUGCGAUGUAUGUUGCUAUUCCUCCAUUUUUUGCCGUAAAUAUAUGCGUCUGUGUCUGUGAUAUGCAGCAUUAGUAGUUUUAGCCCCUAGCAAACAUUUGUCGGCAGAUGCAAAUAAUUUACCUAAGUGAUCAGAAAGUUUUAUCCACCAUUUUUUUUGAAAAUGUCGAAAAAACUGCCCUCAAAGUGCAGGGAUGAAAAAUUCCGUUUAGGGCAGUUAAAAUGUUGAACGUGCAGCCCGAGCUGAAAGGUGGUCAGAGAUAUAUAUCUGGGAGAUUGUGGAAUGUAGAGGACUUUAAACGUGUUUUUAUAAUAUUAGCAUUCGUGUUUCGACGUUUUCUUUAUCUAUUUUUUAUUUUUCAGACAUUUUUGAUCACCAAGGCCGAUUAUUUGCACCCCAUUUGGAAGCUCCUUCAAGAUUCACCGCCAAUUGUAUGGAAAAAGAAAAUGAAAAAAUAAAAAAAAAGCCAAAAAAAUAGAAAAGGCAAAAAAAGAAAGAGAAAAAAGGCAAAAAAAAAAGAAAAAAAGCCAAAAAAAAUAAAAAAAUAAGGAAUAAGAAGAAAAAAAUAAAAAAAAUAAAGAAAAAAAGAAAAAAAUAAAAAAAGAAGAAAAAGAAAAAAAAAUUAAACUUAAAAAGAAGAAAAAGAUGUACUCUCCGUCGUCGCUAAUCAUCCCGAAAAUUUAUCUCCAACUUGUUAUGGAUUCUUGGUAUGACCUGAUCAUGUAAGUUAUCUUUUCGGCUUAUAUUUUACCUUACUUUAGUUUAAAAUGACGUAAUUUGGAUUUUACUUUCAGUAUUUUUGGAAAUCUACGAAAUGAAUUACCCCCGUUCCGACCAAGCAGCCAGCAGAACUCGAUACUUUGGAAAGACAUGGAAUUCAAGAAAGUUCUGGUCAACACGAAGCAAUCAAUAUAAAAUGUAAGUUUUGGUUAGAUCGUGGAAUGUAGAGGGCUUUAAACAUGUUUUUAUAAUACAGGGUGUUUCAAGAAAUUCCGCGAAAAGUUUUUGUCGAUUCCUUGGCGCUCAAUCAAGAUAUCCAAAAAAUCUUUUUGCAGGAUAAAGAAGAUGGGCGGUUUUUUGCCUUAAAAAAUCAUUUUCUACGCCAACGCGGAAAGCAGUUGAUUCGGCGGAGACAUUUUGGCACUUUUUCGGUCAUCACACUAAUAUUUCUUGACUGAGCGCCAAGAAAUAGACAAAAACUUUCCGCCGAAUUUCUUGAAACACCCUUAUUAGCAUUCGUGUUUCGACGUUUUCUUUAUUUAUUUUUUAUUUUCCAGGCAUUUUCGAUCACCAAGACCCGUUAUUUCACCCCAUUUGGAAGGAUUCACCGCCAAAUGUAUGAAAAAAACAUAA